AUGUCGUAUGCGGAAGCAGCUGCGAAAGGCGCAAGCCAGAGCCCCAAAGAAGCUGUCGCAAGUGAACCAUCCAUCCUGACCAUUCCUGACAGUGCUGCCCCCCAACCGCCCCAGGUUGAAUUGACCGACACCGAGACGACCACCUCCUCCCUUGUGGACGUGGAUUCCCCGCACGUCAACACCGUCCCAUCGGGCUACGAAUCGCAGUCCGUCAAGACUAACACCCAAGCCGAACGGCUGAAGCGUGAAGAAGGCGAGAAGCGGCGCGCCCACGAGGCCAAAGAAAAAGCGAAAGCCGCCGCGCUGCGCGGCAAGGACAAGGCCAAAGGCACAUGUUCGAAACUGAGCCAGAACAAAUCCAACCCCGUCCUGGUAACCAAUGCGAUUCUGUUGACGGUUGCAAGCGCUGCAUUGGGGUAUGGUGCGUACCAGAAGUAUCUCAAGGGCAUCUUGACGUGGGAAACCGUGGCGUGGUGGUCUGGCGGCAUCGGUGCAGUCGGGCUGAUGGAUUACUACGUCAGCAAGUGA